AUGGCAGGCCUGGCAGCUCAACUUGCCAAGCAUCGGGCAACUGCUGAGGGCCUGGGCUCUAACCAGCAAGCUGUGAAGUAUUUGGGCCAGGACUUUAAGAGCCUGAGACAAGAGUGUUUGGACUCAGGGGUUCUGUUUAAGGAUCCAGAGUUCCCAGCCUGCCCAUCAGCCUUGGGCUACAAAGAUUUGGGUCCAAACUCUCCCCAAACUCAAGGCAUUAUCUGGAAGCGACCCAAGGAAUUGUGCUCCAGUCCUGAGUUUAUUGUCGCUGGAGCCACACGCACAGACAUUUGCCAGGGUGGUCUUGGUGACUGCUGGCUGCUGGCAGCCAUUGCCUCUCUUACUUUGAACGAAGCUCUGCUCUACCGUGUGGUGCCCAGGGACCAAAGCUUCCAGAAGGACUAUGCAGGCAUCUUUCACUUCCAGUUCUGGCAGUAUGGAGAGUGGGUGGAGGUGGUCAUCGAUGACAGGCUGCCCACCAAGAACGGGAAACUGCUCUUCCUCCACUCUGAAGCCAACAAUGAGUUCUGGAGUGCUCUGCUGGAGAAAGCCUAUGCCAAGCUCAAUGGCUCCUACGAGGCUCUCUCUGGAGGAUCCACCGUGGAGGGGUUUGAAGAUUUCACGGGUGGAAUCUCAGAGUUCUUUGACCUGAAGAAGCCUCCAGCCAAUCUCUACCUGAUCAUCCGGAAGGCCCUCCGCACAGGGUCUCUGGUGGCCUGCUCCAUUGACGUCUCCAGUGCUGCUGAAAUCGAAGCUAUUACCAGCAAGAAGCUAGUUAAGAGCCACGCUUACUCAGUCACCGGCAUUGAGGAGGUGGAUUUCUGUGGCUGCCCAGAGAAGCUGAUCAGACUCAGGAAUCCAUGGGGUGAAGUGGAAUGGACGGGAGCCUGGAGUGACAAUGCACCAGAGUGGAGUUUCAUAGAUCCUAGACGUAAGGAAGAGCUGGACAAGAAAGCUGAAGAUGGAGAGUUUUGGAUGUCUUUCUCGGAUUUCGUGAGGCAGUUCUCUCGUCUGGAGAUCUGUAACCUGUCCCCUGAUUCUCUGAGCAGCGAGGAGGUGCACAAGUGGAACCUGGUGCUGUUCAAUGGCCGCUGGACUCGGGGUUCUACUGCUGGGGGCUGCCAGAACUACCCAGCCACUUACUGGACCAACCCUCAGUUCAAAAUCUGCUUGGAUGAGGUGGACAACAGCCAGGAGGAUGGUGCCAGUGGGUCCCUCUGCACUGUCCUGCUGGGGCUAAUGCAGAAGAACCGCCGGCGGAAGAAGAGGCUAGGACAAGGCAUGCUCAGCAUUGGCUACGCCAUCUAUAAGAUUCCCAGAGAGCUGGAGAACCACAGGGACGUGCACCUGAGCCGUGACUUCUUCCAGGGCCACCGGCCCUCCGCUUGCUCCAAAACCUACAUCAACCUGCGGGAGGUGUCGGACCGCGUCCAGCUGCCCCCAGGGGAGUACCUGGUGGUGCCAUCCACCUUCGAACCCUUUAAGGACGGCGACUUCUGCCUGCGGGUGUUCACUGAGAGGAAGGCUGAGGCCAUGGAGAUUGGGGACAUGGUAGCAGGAAAUCCACACGAGCCACUUCCCAGUGAGCUGGACCAGGAAGACAGCCAGUUCAGGAGUCUGUUUGAGAAGCUUGCAGGAGACGAUUUGGAGAUUAAUGCUAAUGAGCUCAAGGACAUUUUGAAUGGGGUAUUUUCCAGACGAAAGGACAUAGACUUUGAUGGAUUUGACAUCAACACUUGCAGAGAGAUGGUCAGCCUGAUGGACAGUGAUGGCACAGCCACUCUGGGGCUGCUGGAAUUCAAGACUCUGUGGCUGAAGAUGCGCAAAUACUUGGAAAUCUAUCUGGAAGCUGAUGAGGACCACUCAGGCACCAUCGAUGCACACGAGAUGAGGACAGCACUCAAGAAGGCUGGUUUCAUCCUCAACGACCAGGUGCAGCAGACAAUCGCUGUACGCUACGCAUGCAGCAAGCUCUGCAUCAGCUUCAACAGCUUCGUGGCCUGUAUGAUCCGCCUGGAGACACUCUUCAAAUUGUUCAGGCUUCUGGACAAGGACAAAAACGGCACUGUCCAGCUCUCUCUGGCUGAGUGGCUUUGCUGUGCUUUGGUCUGA